AUGGCCUAUCACAGCUUCCUGGUGGAGCCCAUCAGCUGCCACGCCUGGAACAAGGACCGCACCCAGAUCGCCAUCUGCCCCAACAACCACGAGGUACACAUCUACGAGAAGAGCGGGAACAAGUGGGUCCAGGUGCAUGAACUCAAGGAGCACAACGGGCAGGUUACAGGCAUUGACUGGGCCCCCGAGAGUAACCGCAUCGUGACCUGCGGCACAGAUCGCAACGCCUAUGUGUGGACACUGAAGGGCCGCACAUGGAAGCCCACGCUGGUCAUCCUGCGCAUCAACCGCGCUGCUCGCUGCGUGCGCUGGGCCCCCAAGGAGAACAAGUUCGCUGUGGGCAGUGGCUCCCGUGUCAUCUCCAUCUGCUAUUUUGAGCAGGAAAAUGACUGGUGGGUGUGCAAGCACAUCAAGAAGCCCAUCCGCUCCACCGUCCUCAGCCUGGACUGGCACCCCAACAAUGUGCUGCUGGCCGCCGGCUCUUGCGACUUCAAAUGCCGGAUCUUCUCGGCCUACAUCAAGGAGGUGGAGGAGCGGCCCGCACCCACCCCGUGGGGCUCCAAGAUGCCGUUCGGGGAGCUGAUGUUCGAGUGCAGCAGUACCUGCGGCUGGGUGCACGGCGUCUGCUUCUCGGCCAGUGGCAGCCGUGUGGCCUGGGUCAGCCACGACAGCACCGUGUGCCUGGCAGAUGCUGACAAGAAGAUGGCCGUCGCGACUCUGGCCUCUGAAACGCUGCCGCUGCUGGCCGUAACCUUCAUCACGGAGAACAGUCUGGUGGCAGCGGGCCACGACUGCUUCCCGGUGCUCUUCACCUACGACAGAGCCGCGGGGAAGCUGAGCUUCGGUGGGCGGCUGGACGUGCCCAAGCAGAGCUCGCAGCGCGGCCUGACGGCCCGCGAGCGCUUCCAGAACCUCGACAAGAAGGCGAGCUCGGAGGGCAGCGCGGCGGCGGGCGCCGGCCUGGACUCGCUGCACAAAAACAGCGUCAGCCAGAUCUCGGUGCUCAGCGGGGGAAAGGCCAAGUGCUCGCAGUUUUGCACCACCGGCAUGGACGGUGGCAUGAGCAUCUGGGACGUGAAGAGCCUGGAGUCCGCCCUGAAGGACCUCAAGAUCAUAUGA